UAUAAUCUAGAAAAAGGUUCUCUUUUCCUAGGUUUCUUCCCCUUUCAAAUAAGCACCAAACACUUAUCACUUGAUAUUAAAGCAUUGCUGAUGAAAAGGAAGUUGGAGAAAAAAUUCUUCCUGUAGAAUGGAGAAUUUUAUGAAUCAGAUAAGAGUAAUAUUAACUGGUGCAGAAGAGGAAGAUAAAGCUGAUCUGGGUAGCAGCUGGGAUCGGAAAAUACCAAUACAGAAAACCCCAUCCUUCAAAGAUAAGAAAGAGAAGAAAAAAGCUCAGAACUGGUUUCCAAGACAAUUUUCAAGGAAAAUGAGUCGUGAUUAUGACUCCAUAGAAAUGGAGCAUGCCACAGCAGUAGCUGCUGCUGCAUUCGCAAUAAUCUCACAAGAAAAAGAAAUGAUUGAUCCCCGUGAGAUCUCAAUGACCAGGACCAAAAGCAAGGUUGAUGCUAAAAAACCUCCAAUAUUAUCCCACCUUGGUAGUGUAUCCAAGAGAUUCUCAGGUUCAUUUAAAACCACUGAUGACCAAGGUAGUUACAAGGUGCCAAUAUCCCCUGCUACAGAACAAAAGAAGCCUGAAAAGACCUUCACCCCUGCACCUUCAAUGAAAAAGGCUUUAACAUUUAGUGAAAAAUUCCAAAGCACUGAUAAAAAACCUGAGACCUCAGUACCCAAAAAGACUCCAAGUUUUAGUGAUCAGCAUUUGAUGAACACUGAUGAUAUAAAACCUAAGACCCCAGUACUCAAAAAGACUCCAACUUUUAGUGAUCCGUAUUUGAUGGACACUGAUGAUAUAAAACCUGAGGCUGAGACCCCAAAACCAGAAGUUCCACGGUGGUCAAUGCCACCACCGCCACCACCACCAAUCAGGCAGACCUCAACCCCUGCAAGAGUACCACCAACUGGACAGACUCUACCAAGACCAGGUACUAGUGAAGCAAAAGCAGAUGCUUGGCUGAGGGAAGAGCUUAAAAAUAUCAAAGAGAGGUAUGAAAAGUUGUUAGAGACAAUAGAUUCAUGGGAAAAGAGGAAGAGGAUGAAAGCCAGACGGAAGCUAAACAAGCAUGAGCAAAGUGACAAUGAGCGGAAAAGGGCGAAAGCAAUGAGGAAAUAUCAAGAUAAGAUGAAAUAUAUAGAUGAGAUUGCAGGGGGAGCGAGAGCACAAUCACAUGAAAGGUUAAGGAAUGAAGAGCUCAGAGCAAAAGAGAAGGCAAAUAAAAUUAGAACAACAGGCAAGCUUCCAGGGGUGUGCUCAUGCUUCUAAUAAAAACCACCAAUUGUGUAUGUAACAUAUGAGUUUGGGAACAAACUAAAAUCUGUAAUUAUUUGGUUUCACAACUCUAUUAUCUGACAUGUACAUGUAGCUCUACCUGCUCAUUUGAAGUUUGAUCAUUUUCACUUUAUGUAAAUAAGUUCCAGAUUUCCUGGUUUCUUGCUUUCAUCUGUUGAAA